AUGAGGGUGCGAUUGACGCCGUUGCGCCUCUUGUGCGCCGCGAUAGUCCUCGUCACUUUCCUGCUAUCGUCCCUGAUCUUCCGGCUAUGGAGUGGCGGGCGCGGCUACGACGUGCUGCUGGAGCGGCCCCCUCCCGGCGGCCCCGGGCCCGUCUCCAAAGUCCACUUCGGUGAGGAAUGCUCCCCCUUCACCGCCGGCGUCAUGGACCGUGUGACGGUUGUGCUGAAGAUCGGCGCGGGGGAAGUCGCGACCCAGCUGCCCAUGUAUCUCAACCGACUAGGGAGGUGCAAGCAGGACCUGCUCAUCUUCUCGGAUCGCAAGGACAGCUUCAACGGCUUCGAGAUCGCCGACGCCCUCGCCCACCUCCGCCCCGAAUACAAGUUCAACAACCCCGACUUUGACGUGUACGAUCGCAUACAGGCUACCAACAGCACCCAGGCCAAGUCGGAGGAGGGAUGGAGGCUAGACAAGUACAAGUUUCUGCCUAUGAUGGAGUGGACGUCAUACAUGCGACCCGAGUCGGAGUGGUAUGUCUUCCUGGAAUUGGAUACAUACGUCAACUACGACAAUCUCUACCGCUUCCUCUCCAACUUCAACCCAAAGACGGCCUAUUACUUUGGCUCCCCCGUCUGGCCCAAGAAGAAGACCAUCUUCGCACACGGUGGAACUGGCUUCGUGUUGUCGCGCGGCGCACUGAAUAAGAUCAUGGCAUAUGGCAGAAUGUUCGGCGAGAACAAGCAUUUCCCCGGAACACACUUUUUCGGAGUCGACGUCAAGAAGCAGUGCUGCGGGGACGAGAUGCUGGCGCAAGUGCUGAAGAAAAGCGGCGUCUCACUGCGUGGAUACUGGCCCAUGUUCAACGGAGAGAAGCCCUUCACCAUGCGCUUCGACAACGAGCAGUGGUGCGAGGCCAUCCUGACGAUGCACCACCUCGGCGAAGACGACUUCACACGAUUGUCGCAGUGGGAGGAAGCUCGGUCCCAUCCCGAAAGGCCGCUCAUGUUCGAAGAGCUCUUCACAAUGAUCGAGCCACACUUGCAAGAGAGGGCAGAAGACUGGUCGAACAUGUCCGAGGAUGUCACAUACCGAAAGGGCAAGACUGCGGCCAAGUCCUUCGACAAAUGCCAGAAGGCUUGCGUCAAAGACGGCAGAUGUCUGCAAUUUGAGCAUGACGGUAUCGAAUGCCGCCUCGGAUAUUCUAUCCGAAUGGGUCAUCACCAAAGUAGCGAAGGCGAACGGCGAUGGACUUCAGGAUGGAUGCUGAGCCGGAUAAAAGCUUUCAAGCAAGCUCGUUCCCCAUGUCAAGGCGCUCGCUUUGUCCAUUCGAAUCCUUGA